GAGAGGAGAGAGAAGCAGCCAGCAGGCCGGGCACGGAGCACUGCCACAGCCUCCUCGCCUCCCCACCUCCCAGCCUAGGCGCGCGGUGGCGUCCUCGUGCCCUCGCCGGCGCCCCCGCCCGUCGCCAGCGCAGGCCAGGCAUGAACGCUGAGACUUGCGUCUCUUACUGCGAGUCGCCGGCCGCUGCCAUGGACUCCUACUACAGCCCGGUUUCGCAGAGCCGGGAAGGUUCCUCGCCUUUUAGGGGAUUCCCAGGAGGCGACAAGUUCGGUACAACUUUUUUGUCGGCCGCUGCCAAAGGACAGGGAUUUGGGGACGCCAAAAGCCGGGCCCGCUACGGCGCGGGGCAGCAGGACCUGGCGGCACCGCUGGAGAGCAGCGCCGGGGCGCGGGGCUCCUUUAACAAGUUCCAGCCGCAGCCACCCACCCCGCAGCCGCCGCCUGCUCCGCCCGCGCCCCCAGCGCAUCUUUACUUGCAGCGGGGCGCCUGUAAAACACCCCCGGACGGCAGCCUCAAGCUUCAGGAAGGCAGUGGUGGUCACAACGCGGCCUUGCAGGUCCCAUGCUACGCCAAAGAGAGCAACCUGGGUGAGCCAGAGUUGCCCCCUGACUCUGAACCUGUGGGCAUGGACAACAGCUACCUCAAUGUGAAGGAGACAGGGGCCAAGGGGCCCCAGGACCGGGCUCGUGCUGACAUCCCAAGCCCCCUGGAAAAGACCGACUCUGAGAGCAACAAAGGCAAGAAGCGGCGGAACCGCACCACCUUCACCAGCUACCAGCUGGAGGAGCUGGAGAAAGUCUUCCAGAAGACACACUACCCCGAUGUGUAUGCACGUGAGCAGCUGGCUAUGAGGACGGAUCUCACUGAGGCCCGUGUGCAGGUUUGGUUCCAGAACCGGAGGGCCAAGUGGCGGAAGAGGGAGCGCUUUGGGCAGAUGCAGCAGGUCCGGACCCACUUCUCCACGGCCUACGAGCUGCCCCUCCUCACUCGAGCUGAGAACUAUGCCCAGAUUCAGAACCCAUCCUGGAUUGGCAACAAUGGCGCUGCCUCGCCAGUGCCAGCCUGUGUGGUCCCCUGUGACCCAGUGCCUGCCUGCAUGUCCCCUCAUGCUCACCCUCCUGGCUCUGGGGCCAGCAGUGUCUCCGACUUCUUGAGUGUCUCUGGGGCUGGCAGUCACUUGGGCCAGACACAUAUGGGCAGCCUGUUUGGAGCAACUGGCCUCAGUCCGAGCCUCAACGGCUACGAGAUGAACGGCGAGCCAGACCGCAAGACCUCAAGCAUUGCUGCACUGCGCAUGAAGGCCAAGGAGCACAGCGCAGCCAUAUCUUGGGCCACAUGACAGAGCCCCUCCUGCCAGUCCUGAUGCCGUGCUCCUCCCUGGGGCCUUGGCCACAUCCCUGCCUUCCAGGCCCCGAGCUUCCCACUUGACUCUCCUCUUAGGAACCUGGCCUGGCCCAGGGGCCUGGCCCUCAGCACUUUCAGCCACCCCAAGUCUGAGGCCCUAGGGACUACUGGGAAGGAGGGGGCUGUAGGCCCUUACCCCUCCCUGGCACUGAGGCUGCAACCCCUGCUCCCUGCCAAAGGCAGUGGAGAAAGCCAAGGGGCUCUGUGAGUAGUUUUGCAUCAUAUAAGCUGAGGCCCUGUCUCUCUUUGUGUUCCUUCACCCUUCCAUUUGACUUGAGUUAAAGUUAGGCUCCCCUCCAGACCUAACAGCUUCAACAGUCCAGCCCCAUCUAACCGUCCUUUCUUCUGUGUGGUACCCUGCUCACUGGGUCUAUGGCUGUGUGUCUUAAGGAACAAGCUGCCUUGCAGAGUCAGCUCCUGACCGCCUUUGCAUCCCACCUCCUUUAUCCAAGGCAUCUGAUCAUUCACCCAUCCAAUGGGCCUUGUGACUGUAGCUUGACUGUCCCCUGUGAUGGAUGCACCUGGGGAAAGUGCGGCAAAGCGGAAGGACUCUGUUGCUGUCCGCCCAUAAGGAUGACCGAGCUCCAAGGAGAUAUGGGCCUGCCUUUGAUCCUGAAACUGGUUCUGGUUGACAAUGUCGGGGUGGGGUGCCAGGUGUGAAUGGAGGCAAGGACACAGAUCUGUCACCUCCACCACACGUGACCAUCAGAAGCCAGAGAAGCUCCCAGAAUGAUGACCACAAGGAGGACCCAGUGGGUAAAACCGGGGUAGCACCUGGCAUCUUCUACGGUGGGGAGGUCUCUUGGUCAGCACUGGAGCCUCCCAGGGUCCCUCUGGGAGGAGUUGAGAUAAUUCAUCCUCUCCCUCCUGGUCACUCAUUGGGUCGUGGGUCGUGUUGUGGUCUGGAAGAAUUUAUACCUUGGAAGACAUAAGUUAGAGCGCAGGGCCACGGCUGAGCAGCUCAGGAGCAGAGGACAUGUGACCAGCUUGGCCUUUCUAUGCUCAGACUAACCAUGUCCACCCACCACCCUGCCGCAGCAUCACACCUGCCGGAGUUUCCUACACAGGGUAGGUGGCAAUCGGUGCCCCUCUAGGCUAAAAGGAGAGCUGCUUUCUAAUCACCCUCCACACCUGUUAAGAGAUCCUAUCCUAACUGCCCCAGGGGCCACGGUCUCUGCCUCAACUGGUCUCAGGAAAGGCUCCAAUCCAGGCCCACUCUCUCUGGCAGAAAACCCUCCUGAAACCAGUUCCCUAUCUGAAGGAAGGGGCUCCCUGUCUACCUGGUUUGACCUGGAGCUAGGAAUUAGGAUUUGAAGUGACCCUCGCUGUCACCUGAGCUGGAGCACAGAACCACCCUUGAGGUAGGUCCCUCAAGCAGGUGGCCUUUCCCUGAGGAGACACACUUGCCUUUUCUACCUUCUUCUGCCUUGACUGUUGUCCGUGAGGCCCACUAGGCUCAGGGUUCUGCUCACUGAAUGGCCUCUCUCUCGGGUUGGAAUGAGAACCGAGGACCCCUGCCUUGGAUCUGCCCUAGGUCUCUGUGGGUGAGAGGGAACCACAAACCCUUGUUUGUGUCCUCAUCUGCUCUGGAAGGCAGGCAGAGUAAGCUCUCAGCAGAAUGGAGACUCUGGGUUGGCCCCCUAGUAAGAGCCAGAUCUCUUGAGAAGCAGUAGCCCUGGAAUAGAUCUUAGGAAGGCAAAGAGGGCUUAGGUAUUGAAUUUAGUGUUCCUGGUGACUCGGCUUUGUGUUUCAGAUGUCUGGGGAGCAAGACCUCCAGUUUGGAGUGCACUGAAACAACUCACCCCCUCAGAAUCAACCAGAGAAGGAAGUGCUUAAGGGCUGGAGCAAUUCCCUGGGGUUCUUCAUGGCAGCAGUGAUUGGGGAAGGGCAAGUGGGAAAACGUCCCUACCCUAGGUAAUCAGUACAGAGUGAAGAGCCAGGACAGCGCAGAAAGGAAGGAGAGUGGGUUUUUGGUAGAUUCUUCUGGGAGUGGCAUAUAACUUCCCUAGGUUUUAUUUCUGGCCAGGCUACUAGACCCAAGUCAGGCAAAUUCUAACCCCUAAGCCUCAGAAUGGAAAGGUAUAUAGCAAUAACUGAUUGUUUCCCACACAGUCAAGAACUGACAUGCCUUCCACCAUCUCUCCAGAUGCGGCAAUUUCCACCCAGACUGCUCUGGAGGGCCUUAGUUCCCAGGGCAACUGGAGAUGCUCUGAGCCUCCCUCAUGUCUCACAUCUCCUCAGCAUCCCAAGUCUCCAGAAGAGAAUUGUGGGGUGCUGUGGUACCUAGUGGGCCAUAGGUACGCUCUAAAGUAACAAGGUUUUCAUGGCAACCUAGCUUCCUAAAGAGUCAGAUCUUCCAAAGGUCCAGAUGAAGAGAGAGGAUGCUGCCUGCUGGGUGGUCACUACUGGACAGAGGCCAGCCUUGCCUGGCAUCAACCUGGUGUGUCACAGAGAGUGGCUAUGCCUGCCUCAGCUCAUUUCUCAAGGAGGCCCUUUAACAGCACAAGGGCCAAAGCUCUGCUACAGAAGGCAUGUCUCCAAGAUUUUUUUUAGUUGUUUUAAUUCUUUUGAUUCUGCUCUCACAAUCAUGCCUCCAACUUUGAGAAGCAGGAUGGGUGGGGAUUUAGGCAAGGAGGUAGCAAGAUCCAGGGGUUCCCCAAUACACACUACAGGGCUCAUGGCUGACACAGCUCUGAUGCCUCAUCUCCCUGAUCGGACAGAAAGGAUUCCAUGGAAACCACCAUAUUUCCUUUACAUAGUCAAUUUUCCUCUGGGAUGUCCUUAGGCAGAUCAUCUCUGGAGACUCAAAGGAACCCAAGGUCCCAGGUCAAUGGGAAUGACCCUGACUGUCAGGUACAGAGACAGGCAGACCCAGCAGAGGGAGAAUGCCAGGCAACCUUGCCUUCAGGGUGCUAAUCAAUAACACAUACAAUUUUAAGCCAGGACAAGCUUCUAUUUCUUUCCCUCAGCCCCACUGUGCUGCAAGGAUGCCACAGGGAGGAGUUCCCACCGGACGGUAUUUCCCACCCUUCCCUCUCUUUUCCUUGCCUUUCACUCACACAUAGAGCUAGGCCUGUAUACUACUGAUUUUGGAGGACCGUCUUCAGUGUCUAAUAACCUGUUUGGGUGUGCAGUGGUCAGAAAAAAAAAAAGAGAAAGAGAAAGCAGAGUGAGAGAUGGAACAUGAACCUCAACCAAAAUUCGCUAUUCUUGUAGGCUAUUUUAACCCUGUAUAAAUGCAACUUUUUCUUUAGCUUAAUGGCCUGGGGUGGAACAUUCAAAUAUAUAUAUAUAUAUAUUAAAAUACAUUAAAAUUUCAGAAAAAUGUAAAAAAAGUGAGAUCUGUUCCAUAAAG